GGGGGAGGGGGGGACGAGCGAGCGGAAAAAAAAGGAAAGGGAGGCCGGAGAGAGUUAGGAUCCGUCUCCAUCCGGACUCUUGCGUCGUGUUAUUUAUUGUUUGGCAUCGAUAUACCCAGAGUGACGGCCCGAGAGAACGAGCCUGGAUGCUGCUUAACCCGCUGAGUUCCUCUAGCAGAUAUUUUUCUGCUCCAGUAAUUCUGAUUAGCUGUUCACUAUUUUUCUGGAGAAGGAGGCACGUUUCGAGGGGUGCCUAAAGGAACCACCGUACUCAAUGACCUUCCAGCGAGAUGUCAGAUCGUUUGGGGCAAACUGCAAAGGGAAAGGAUGGAAAAACCAAGUACUCGUCACUCAACCUGUUUGAUACUUACAAAGGAAAGUCCUUAGAAACUCAGAAGCCUACAGUCACCGCACGUCAUGGAUUGCAGAGUCUCGGUAAAGUUGCCGCAGCUCGGCGCAUGCCACCCCCUGCAAACCUGCCAAGCUUAAAAGCAGAAAAUAAAGGCAAUGACCCUAAUAUUUCUUUAGUACCCAAAGACGGAACAGGAUGGGCAAGCAAGCAAGAAUCGCAAGACCAAAAGAGUACCGAUGCAUCGACAUCUCAGCAGCUGGAAUCGCAGCUGCCGCCGGCUUCACAGACGUCUGGCUCCAGUCAGCCGAAACGUCCAGUAGCAGCAACAGCAGUGGUAGCAACUCCACAGGAGGCCACCCCUUCAGCACAAAGCGGAACAAAAUCCUGGGCACAGGCGAGCGUUACACAUGGUGCACAAGGCGAUGGUGGAAAGGGAUCAAACCAACAGUCGCCAUUCUCUCGCGAGGAAUUUCCAACCCUGCAAGCGGCUGGAGAUCAGGACAAAGUUGGCAGAGAAAGGGACAUUGCAGAUCAGUCGUAUGGGCCCGGACCAAGCCUCCGCCCUCAAAAUGUGACCAGCUGGAGGGAGGGUGGUGGGCGGAACUUGGGUGCUCCGGGUGCCUCUUUGAUCGAGGGGGAAACCAAAGAGCUAAGCCCAGAAGAAGCAGCAAGCUCUAUAGCAUCCUCAGCCGACCAGAAGGUGCCCGCGAGGAUGGCCGAACAACCACCUAGAUCAGGGACCGGUGUGCCACAGCAGGCAGUUCCCCAGCCAUUCCCUCCACCAUACAGGGGGAUGAUGCCAGCUUUUAUGUACGCUCCAUAUUGUAGUUUACCGUUUCCAGCACCUUACGGACCACAGGGACAUUACAGAUACCCAUCACCCGAUGCCAGCAAGUUUCCUCGUGUUGCAGGACCUCGAUUGCCUCAACAUCCAACACGGAUGUCUGAAGCAGUAAAGCGACCCUCCAUCCUCAAACAGGAUGACUUGAAAGAGUUUGAUGAGCUUGAAAAUGAGACUGAUGAUGGCUGGGCAGGAGCACACGAGGAAAUAGACUACACUGAAAAGUUAAAGUUCAGUGAUGAUGAAGACGAUGAUGAUGCUGAAAAGGGAAAAUCUGAUAAUUGGGACGGCCAGCUGAGUCGGCCUGAACGGCAAGAGUUGCGCAACUCUGAGCACAGGAAGGAGGCCCCCUUGGAGGAGCAUUCAUCCGUCAAGGCAGCCAGGGGUGAAGGUCCAGCCACUGCUUUGACAGAGCUGGGGCCACCCAGAGUUCCUGCCAACUGGGGUCCUACUGCAGAUUACCAGGCUGCAGCCCCCCAGGACAAACCCAGUCCCGCCCUGGCCAAUCAAAAGGCACCGGUGGGUGAAGACGAAGACGAGGCCUGGCGUCAGCGGCGCAAGCAGUCCUCCACAGAGAUCUCCGCCGCUGUGGAGCGGGCGCGGAAGCGACGCGAGGAGGAGGAGCGCCGCAUGCAGGAGGAGCGGCGAGCUGCCUGCGCCGAGAAGCUGAAGCGCCUGGACGAGAAGUUCGGGGCCUCGGAGAAACGUCAGAAGUCUGAGCAGGAGAAGGAGGAGGCAUCGGAGGGAAAGGAGAACGAAGAGCCAGUCGGCUCCAACAAACGGCAGCGAACGGCCAGCAGCAGCAGCUUUGAAAUGACACAGGCUGAACCCCCACCUCCCCCUGAAAAGGAAGCGGUUGAAGUGAAAGAGGAGACAGGGGUGGCAAGAGUUGAGUCUAAAGUAGAAGCGGUAGUUCCAGGGAGGCAGUCACAGACUUCACAGGGGUACUCCAAAUACCAGAAGUCAUUGCCGCCCAGGUUUCAAAGACAGCAGCAGGAACAACUGCUCAAACAGCAGCAGCAACAGUGGCAGCAGCAGCAACAACAGCAGCAGCAGCAGCACCACCACCAGCAGCAGUCCUCCCAGCAGGCCCCACCGCAGCAGCCUCCUCUUGCCAUGGCCCCGUCAGCACCCAUGCACCCACAGCAACAGCAGAAGCCCAUGUACACUGGCUCAAUUGGCCGCCCGCCACCACCUCCCAUGCCCCCGUUGGGCUAUGACCCACGCUGGAUGAUGAUGCCUACUUACAUGGACCCUCGCAUGAUUCAAGGCAGGCCCACCAUUGACUACUUUCCACCUGGUGUCCAUCCAUCAGGUUUAAUGGCUCGUGAGCGCUCGGACAGUGGUGGUUCUGGAUCUGAACCCUUUGACCGACACCCUUCAAGGGGAACGCCUCCUAUUGACCCCAAGCUGGCCUGGGCUGGCGAUGUAUUCCCAUCAACAGAGAUGCGGCCUCUGGCUUCACCGAUAAGACCGCGUGAAGAAGAUGACAAAGGCUUGAGGAGUGAAACACCACCUGUCCGACACCGCGAUGCUGGGCCCCCGCAGUCCUUCAUGAGUGGUCUCCAGCAGGUCUCUGAGAGUGGUCCUCGGCAUGUUGCCCAGAUGCAGCGCUAUCAGCUGGUAGAACGGCUGGAUGAGCAGAGGCAGAGCCCCUGGCAGAACUCGCUGCCCAGUGUCCAGGCAGAGCUGGGAAGGGAUAGGCGGAUCGAGAUGUCCGCCCAGCUUCAGCAUCCGCAGCGCAAGGCAGACCAGGAGCCAAUGCCCGUCCGCAGGGAAGCGGCCCAGUUGUCGCACGAAGACAAAAAAGUGGAGACGCACGUGAUGCACCUACCCCGAGAAUCCACACAGCUUUCCAACAGUGUGAAGAAGGCAGGGCCACACCCUCAGCCUCUGGAACUCCUGCAGCACAAGGAAGACCACUCAGCCAAAGAGAACAAGCUGGAUGAGAACCGGAAGGGAGACAAGCCCGGCCGUCAGGAUGCGCACCGGCCUCAGAGGAAGGAAUCCAAGACUGAAACCCGCUGGGGUCCCCGCCCAGGCAGUAAAAACCGUGACGAGAUGGGGGAGAAACCUGCCCGCAGAGCUGGCCCUAUCAAAAAGCCAGUGCUGAAGGAGCUGAAGAGAGAAGACAGCGAACAGGAGAUUGAAAAGGGAAAGCUAGCAGCUGGAGAGAAAGCCACCGUCAAAGGGAAGGACAAGCCACAGGAGUCUAAAUUUGAAACUGACCCUUCCAAGCCCGAUUCUUCCUCUGCCAGUUUGAAAUCGUGCCAGCCCAGUCCUUCUGUGGCUGGCUCUAACAAGUCUUUGCCAGGCCCUCCCGUGGUGAACUUGCAGGACGAUCGAGGGAAAGCCAAGCCUUCUGGAAAGGAGCAGAGGCCUGAGAAAACGAAACCGUCCAAGCCACCUUCGAAGGACUUUGGCAGUGGGCCUCCGCCCCCUCGGCGCAACAGAGACCGCGACCACUCAUUCGACCGCGGUUACUCCGGCCGAGGCCGAGCCAGGGGCCGCGGGGAGUUCUUCUCGCGGGGCAGGGGCUACCGGGGCGCCUACGGUGGCCGGGGUAGAGGCGGCAGGGGCCGCAGCCGGGAGUUCCGCGGCUACAGGGAGCCCAUGUACAGGACUGACGAGGACGGCGCUAAAGGCUCGUUCAGGCCCCGGAACCCCAGUGAGACGCGCAGCGAGGGCUCGGAGUACGAGGAGAUUCCCAAGCGCCGACGCCAGAGGGGGUCGGAGACUGGCAGCGAGACUCACGAGAGCGCCAGCGACGUGGCCCACUCCGACAAGGAGGUCUCCUCCAACUCAAAGGAGCCGCCAAAAGAGUUCCGGAAUUCUGACCAGGGCCGAAUGGACAAGAGGAACAGGUCCGAGCCGCCCAAGUUUGGAGACAAGAUGCCGCCCAGGCUCAGCGACUCUUCCCGGGGUAGGAUCUUCACUCCGCGGGGUGUGCCCUCCAGGAGAGGCCGAGGGGGUAUGCCCCGUGGUGGCAGCGGUGGUGGCCGUCCUCAGCAAGGUGGCUGGGGCCCUUCUUCGAAGAUGUCCCCUCCCAAGAAGCAGCCGUCCAAGGAGCAGAUGAAAGCCCCAGAAAACAAGCUGCUGGAUGCCCCACCAGGCAAGGAACACGACAAGAGCCUGCCGGAUAAACAGGUGCCAGCAUCUGACCCCAACUUCCCCGAGGGGCAGCCUCACCGACCGGAGAGGCCCCUCGACAGGCCGCCAAGGCGGCGGCGCCACGGGCGGUCGCAGCAGCAGGAUAAGCCGCCCCGGUUCCGCCGCCUGAAGCAAGAGCGGGAAGUGGCGGCCCGGAUGAACGGCGAGAGGAACCCUUUCCCAGUUGACGUCUUGCCAGCAAACCCCCCUCCCAACCCCCAAGCCGAGGAGAUCAAGGAGGUGGUCCGCAAUGCGGCUGGCACCAAAUCCCCGGACCUGUCCAACCAGAACUCCGACCAGGCCAACGAGGAGUGGGAGACCGCCUCUGAAAGCAGCGACUUCACGGAGAGGCGGGACAAGGACGGCGUGUUUGUGAAAAACUCUGGCGGCAUCAAGUCUAUGGACCCCAACGCUGCCCAGAAGAAGGAAUCGUCCAAACGCAGCUUCUCCAGCCAGCGGCCCGGCAUGGACCGACAGAAUCGGCGCUCCAACCCCGGCGAUUCUGGCGGCAAGAGCAGCCGCAGCAGUGCUGGGUCUAUGAGGAACGAGAAGCGCAAUUGGUCUUCUCCGAAGAAUAGAAGGCCGGUGGAAGAACGUGCGCCUGCCCUACCUCCAGCUCUUUCUCAGAACGCCAGUGCCGUGUUCAGAGUGGACAGGAUCAUCCCCAGCGAUUCUGCUGCCAUCCAGCAAGCCAUUGCGGAAGUCAGCAGUAGGCAGAAGGACCGCAAACUGGUGCCCGGCAAAGUUAAGGAGAAGAGUGACAUGCUGACACAAUUUGACCUGAAUGAUUAUGCAAGUGUGGUGAUCAUUGAUGAUCACCCAGCAGUUUCUGCAGACGAUGGGACCAUGUCUCCCUUAAAUGACGGUUUCACCCGAGUCAUUUCAAAGCGGCAAAAGAGAAUUCUGGAUGAUGAACGACGCAAAAAAGAAGAGCAUCUUCUCCAGAAGGCUGUUAAAAUCUGUGGGAUGGAUACUCUGCAAGCUUCCUUACCUGGUUUCUCCAAAAAGCAGUCAAAGAAGGUUACUCUCUCAACCACCAAGUCCGAAGAGAGCAACAAGGGUCAAAGUAAUGCAACUGAUCUGGGAACUCGAAUUUGGAAUACCACACAUUCCGUUGCCUCCCUGACUCCCCCAGCAAACUCUGGUCUGGAAACUUGGAUCAAACCUCUCAAUGUCUAUGCAGAGGCAGUCAGUGCUGAGGCCAGCCAGACUGACAGUGGGGUGGAUUUGAGCAGCGACUGUCAGGUCUCAUCAACCAGUUCCUCGCAGCGUAGUUCUCCAGACGGCAGCCUGAAAACAGACACCGGGGAGCGUGUUGGGCUCAUUAACCGGAUCAGCACAAAAGUGGUUGAUAUGCGAUCACCAGAAAACCAGCUCCCAGAACCCAAAGAGCAGAGACAGAGACCUGCUAGGACAGAAGCACUGAAAGAAAAUAAGUUUCAGGAGUCUACCAGCGAAUUGGGUAAAGAGCAUAAACCUGGGCCGAUAGGAAAUGAGCGUUCACUGAAAAAUAAGAAAGCAAGAGAAGGACAGCACAAAGCAAGUCCCGAUAGGGGUGCAAAGGCUGUUGGCUUUUCCGUAAGCAGCAGGCCAAAAUCAAAGCCUGACCCCGACUUGCUCCUGGAGACGGAAGUCGCCAUGCCACCUAUCCAGUUUGGAGUGAGUGCAAAAGAUUCUGAUUUCAGUCUGGCCGUGAGUACUAUGCCCAAAUCCACAAGUUCAUCGCCCAGUACUCUGCAGAAUGCUGCCAGCAACGAUGUGCCUUUACCUCCCCCACUACCAGUCACUACUAUUGAGGCCCCACCACAGAACAGUGAGAUGGCUCCUGCAUCUCAUCCCGGCAAUGAAUUGACUCUUAAGAUGGAAUCUGCUCGCAAAGCGUGGGAGAAGUCGCCGAGUGUCACAGAGAAGGAGGCUGCUGCAAGUGUGACCAACACGGAUGUGCCCGAGAUUACUGGAGGCUACCAUUCUUUCGUCACCUCCAUUCCAGCGAUACCAGUGGCCUCUGUGGCCCCAUCUGCCACGCUGUCAGCCCCAGGUGGCCAGAUUCCACCCUGCUAUGUGGAAAGUCAUUACUACGGAAGUCAGCCUCGAGGAAUGCCUCCCUCCAUUUCUCAGCAUCAGGGGUUCCAGCCUGGACUCUCACGGGCAAUGCCAACACAGCAGAUCACACUUCCUCUUCACACUCCUCUCCAAGGCCAGGCCCAGGUUUCUGCUCUUGCAUCCGACAAGGAAACACCGGUCUCCCAAACACAGGAUAUGUUCACUUCUCUCCAGUCUUUCAGCAGGUCCCAACAGUUGUACCUCCAGCCUGGACUGUCCCCACCCUCGGCAGCCAUGGUUCAAGGCUCCACACUAAUAUCUGGGGGUCCAGUGAAGGGUCAGUAUGUCGGCUUCUCAGCAAUGCAGGCUGGGGAGGUAACAAAGACUCCAGCAGGGUUGCCCUACCAGCAGGCAGCUUGCACUCCUCCGAUGUCUCUCAUCUACAACACACAACUGGGCAACUCCCAGCUCAUUGACUCUCAGUUAAUACAGAUGCGGCAAGGUUUGGCCCAGCCAUCCGACUUCUACUCCUCUCCACUGCAGCAGCCCAGUCAGAGCAACUACUUCACAGCACCGCCGAUGUCCAGUGGCCCCCUCCACCAGAUGUUGGUGCCAAUGUUGGGCUCCCAGUUGUCGGUCCCUGGAUUCGAUCCAUGCAGCAGCCCCUGGUUCAACUUCCGCAGUCCUCUGCAUCAUUCACAGCCACAAACCGUCCCCCCAGGGGCCCCGAGACGAGUACUUCACUCCAGCUUUCAUACCACUGCACCAACUCUAGGAAGAGAGGUUAAUCCAGUGGAUCAUAAGACAUUUCAUUUGGAUAGGAAGAUGAAUCAGUCUCCUGGUGCACUUGGAUAUACUGUUCCAUCGCCUACAAUGUUCAGACCUGGCACAACAAGUCCGAGGGGAAAGUCCCCUGGACCAGCCCAGUGUGGCAUCAAUCCUUUGCCGUGUUUCCGAGGGAAUGUUUCGCAGCAGGCAAGGCAACGAGCAGAGGUGCUGCAGAGCACCCAAAGGUUCUUCGAGAGAGUGACCCCCCACAGCAGCAGCAGCAGCAACCCCAGCUCGCUCCCUGCCAGCGAGCAGCAGGAAGGAGACAGCCUGACAUCACACAAGGACGAGAAAUCUUCUGGCAACCCCAAACCAGUGCGAACCGGGCCCAUCAAGCCCCAGAGCAUUAAACCGCAGGAUGAGAAACUGUAACAAGCAACUAGAGACUGCAGCCUCUCAAAACUGAAGGAAUCUACAUCUAAGGGGUUUUAUUUGUCUGUCUCAAAGGAAUAUGGCUUUUUGUUUAGAAAGGAAAAAAAAGAUGAAAUGUGACUGAUUUUUCAGUGGACUACACAAGUGGUUUCUGACCGAGAGCCAACUCCAGCAGCUUUAACCAGAAUGAGAGUGAAGCUGAGCUGGGAGAAAGGAAUAGGGGAGAAGAGGCUCCUAAGUCCUUUUUAAGAAAAGAGACGUCUAGAUUUCUCUACCAUAAUGAAGCAUUCAUCUUAUUGGUAACUAGUAAGUCCUUGUAGAUCCACUUAAUAAAUGCCAAUCCCUUAUAAGGCAGCUGCUUUCUUUGAGGGACAAACCGUAUAAAGACUAGAAUCGGUUUGAACACAAGGUGUUUAGAGUAAAGGGCCACUCAGUGAGUCGAGCAUUUCAAAAGUAAUGUGGACAGAUCUCUCUAGCUUCUGUCUUGUCUAUGUUCCAAAACAGUUGUGAAUGUUUGCAAAUGGUGGUAGAUGGGUACAAAUGACCAAUUCCAUUGCUGCUUUUUUUUUUACUCCGUGGCAUCACACUAUUAGGAGGCACGUUUGCCAGUGCCGAGCAGUGUGAUAGACACCAGAUCAGCAAGAUGUCCUUCAUUCCUCUAACCCAUCCUCUGAUGCCUUUUUUUUCGUUCUCCCCUCCCAUUCCCAGCUUUCCAAAGUCCUGCAAAUAUGUAACAGGGCUUUGCUUAAAAUUUCUGUUUGUUGGCUAUUUCCCUUUCUCCCCCCCCCCACCCCUUCCCCCAAAGGAUAUUGUGUGUUGUCAAAGCACAGACACAGUUCAGAGGAGAUGAAUGUAACAAGCUUCAAAUCCAGUCCUAGUGUUGCCGUUGGAACUCGGAGGGUUUAGAAGUCUUGUGUGGUUGAAAUUGUCAGCUCUCCUCCAAGGAAAAUGACACCCAGGCUGCAGCAGCAGGGGCAGAUUAACUUGAGAUUAAAAAUGAGCACAUCUCCCCAAAGAACGUCUACGCCAGUGGUUAUACAGUAGCUUCACCUGCUGUCCUGUAAACUGAAUCUUCCCUUGUAUAGCCUGUACAGCAUUGAGCAAAGCAUGUGGGUAUGUUACUCCUCCCCAGUCUCUGACCUCUGAAAUAAUGUGAAUUAGUUACAGGUUCUGUGAACUGAAAGCAGUGGGGCUGGUGAAGGAUUUUCAGAGUGGUGGUCAACAAUGAGUGUCCUUAACAAAGCAGUUGCAUCCCAAGAUUAGCCUGUGCAGCAGCAGUGUUAAAAUCAGCAGAGAAAGAUACCCUUAAAAUAUUCUGCAGCUGCCUGUGCCCAUAUCUGCAGAUCAGUGGCAAUGUGAGGAAUCUGUAAUCUGUCCCAUGGAUGGUGAGGAGGUGGCCAAGGAUCUUUGUAAUGUUGAGAAUUUAACAGAUCGCUCUGUGCAGCUGGCUGUGGUUCCCUGGUUACCAGAUAGGAACCCAUUUGGAACCUCUGUCUUUUCCUCCUCUGACUUGGAAGCCGAAGCUCAAAUGAUCCAAUAUUUGAAAGAAGUUAAUUGACAAUGUUCUCGGAACACUGGAAAAACAAUUGGCUGUAAUUCAAAGAGACCACCUCCCUCAUUGCCACCCUCCAACUUGUCUACGGGGGGGGGGGCGCUACAGCAGUUAAUAAAUUCUUCAGACCAAGCAGCUUGCUAGCUUGUUAUUUUGGAAAAUAGGGCGAGGGUGUUGGUAUGGCAGAAAACUGGUGGCGUGCGUCUCCUGCUUUUGCUGUUUUAUAUGGAAUAGUUUAAAGGUGGGGUUUGAGGAAGGCAAGUAUAUGUACAGACCAGGCACAAAAAAAAUUAUGAAGUUCCCUUAUUUUAUCUUGAAUGAUAACUGCAAGGAAAAUGACUUGUCUUGCAGGUUCAACUCUUUAGUAGGAGAUUCAUGACUUUGUGAACUUAAUAGAAAUGGUUGACGAAGUGCAUUUUGCUACCUUAGUUUUUGAUUUGGUAAUGAAUAGAUUAUCCAAUUUUUAAUUUAUACUCUGGGCAUGAGGUGCACCUUUCUCUAGGAGAAGACAACCUGAGGCAAAUAGUGCUUGGUUCAAAAAUGGUGUCUGUGGGUGGAUAAGUGAUGUUCCUCAAUGAUACCAUUUACUACAGCAUGGGGUUAAAUAACUGACCACUGCAGUACACAGGCGACCCAGCUCCACAAGAAAUUGAAGCAAGUGGUCAAGGUGGGGGUUAACUGGUUUGGUUCCCCUCUUCACAUGGCAACUUGGAAGUGUCAUAGACUGUCACCUCUUGAGAACAAGUAGUGCACGGUUUUGAAUAAUAUUUUUCAAGCACACUUCUCACUCCAGUGUUGCUCAUUUUCUCCCCCAACUGCACAUUGUACCUUGAAUCUUCUACUGAGUGAUAGGGGUGAGUUUCCAGCUGUUGAAGAAAUGCCUGGUUGCAACUUGCCCUUGUGCCUCCAUCUCACUGGAAUCUUAAGGCUCAUUUACAGAACAUCUGCUGGGUUGAUCCAGUACUGAGGAGGUUAUUUUUUACCAUUCCUAGAUUCUCCCCCAACCCCUUCCAAGCCUUGGGCCCCAAGAAUCCACAGGCAAGCCAGGAGAGAAGAGAUGCUAACAGUCCUUCACUCUCAUCUCCCUUGGGCUAGCAGCAGCCAGUGUGUGAAAUGCCUGCUCCCAAGCAACCAGUAGCCUGCUGCCCUGAGGCCAGAGAGAAACAUUGCGUACCUGGACGACAUCAGUCAUCAAGGGGCACUUCAUUGUAUUUCUUAUCUCAGCCCCCGCCUUGUGUGACCCCUUGAGCCUUGAGUAGCCCGUAAGAAGCUUUGAGUAACCUUUAGACCCUCAUAGCUGCUUGGGAGCAGCACAUAUUCCUCAUCCAACACUUCUGUGGCAGUCCUCAUUUCUUAGUUAUGAAAGCACACCUCAUGUCAUUGAGUGAUGUGCGUCACAAGCAUCAGGUGCUUGGCAAUGCUGAGGUGCUGUUAAGAAUACAGGUAAGGAAGGAGAGGUUGCCAUAUCUGAGCCACCGCUAUAGAAUGUUUGCUCUGUGCUGGACCUGUUGCACUGCCCAGAGCUGGAGUUGUAAGUUGUUAAAAUUAUAUAUAAUUCAUUUAGACAGUUUGCAACUAAUGAAAGAAAUUGAACUUCACUUUAUGGAUCAAAACCUCAACUGUUUGAAUGUGUGCUGACAAGUUGCCUACUGAUUGAUUGAUGCCUUUCCAUCUCUUGGCCACAUCAUUUGAGCUGACAGCAGUGGUGGGAAUACAGUGAGCAGCACAGGGACUGAGUGUGGACGAGCUAAAUUCCCUCAGUGUGAGAUGCAGGGGAUAUUUUUUUUCUUUUUAAAGAAAGCCAAACCAACAUUUGUACCGACCUAUCACUAUUUUUAAACCUUUCAUGUUCAAAGUAAAAUAAAAAAUUAAUGGGGAGGGAGGAAAUGCAAGCAAAGGGAGAGAGAUGGGGUGGGGUACUGGGGGAAAACAAAUCCUUUUGGUGAUUGUGUGUGACCUCAUUUGUGAUGGGCCAGAAUUGUUCUGUGAAGAUUCACUAGUUGAAAAGCUCUCUGCUGCAUUGUUUGCCUGGCUCCAGUUUCAUGUACUGUCACACAGUGUAAUUUAUAAUCCUAAUAAAAGUGACUGUUUCGAGGGCUGCAGCAAA